AUGCUCUCGAAGCUUUCUCUCACCCUCUUUCCAACUCUCCAGCCAAUCAAGAACUCCAACCACCUUCCCAGGAAUUUCACCUGCGAGAGCUCCUCUUAUUGGCGGCGGCAGCAACAACGCGGGGUGCGAGCAUCAUCGGCAGUCGGGCGUGCCGGUUGCAUCUUAACGAAGCAGCGGCGAAAUCGUGCGACAGCCAGUGAUGUGCUGUUGCACCACCUGACACUGCCUGGGCACCUGAUUCCAUCGCCCCACGUUCGCCUCCCUGCUCGUGCAGCACCAAUUUCGUCCCUUCUGUCCUUGCGUCGUUCCCUUCCCUGCUCGCUCCCUCCCUCGUGCCUAUCGUCCCUCCCCUGCCUUCUGCCGUGCCCCCCACCCACGUCUCUCACUCUCUCACCUUCGUCGCUCACCCAUCUAUUGAUCGGGACGUUCCGGGCGGACAUCGAAGCAGGUGGUGGUAGUAUCGAACCGCUGCUCUGCCGAGGACCUCGGAUUCGUUCACCACUCUUUCGCCAUUCGUUCGCCAUUGUUUCGCCACGCCCCUUCGCCGCCCCAGACUCCUCAUUGCACAGCACCAUCCGCUCGUGCCGCGUCGUAAGCCCACGUCAUACCCAUUGCGCGGAUUCAACGCGCCAUCGCCUUGUGCCGCACGCAAUUCACCCGUUCUCCGCGCGCGGAAAUGUUGCGCGGCGCGCCCCCCGGAAACAGCGCGCAUUGCGGCCUAGCAGCGGCGAGAGCGUGGUUCUAAGGAAAUUAGGCGCCGCGGCGGCGAGUGACGAGCGCAGGGGGAAGCGCACUGGGAAGCGCAGUGGGAAGCGCACACGAUACAAAGGGCAGGCAGGAGACGGGCGCAUUGUGUGGAACUCUCGCUCUCUCGAUCUGAGGAGGGCGAGAGGAGGUGUGCGGGGGGAGGGUGCGGGGUGGAAGAAGCAGCAUUGGAAGUGCAAAGGCGGACAGACGGGCGCGCAAGUGGGCGCGCAAGUGGGCGCGCAAGUGGGCGCGCAAGUGGGCGCGCAAGUGGGCGCGCAAGUGGGCGCGCAAGUGGGUGAGUGGGAGUGCAGGACGGACAAGGCCAGUGCGUGGUGGGUACGUGCAUGGGUGUGCAGCAAUAAGUGCAAUGCGGCCGCUCGCAUGGGGGGCGGCAUGCGCGAUGCGAGCGGGCAGAGGGGGGAGAGGAAGGAGGGGAGUGAAAGGGAGGCGGUGGAGGGGAAAAAAAGGGAGGGGAAAGAGGAAAGGGAGAAUGAGAGGAAAGGAUGUAAUGACAGCAGGGUGAGAUCCAUGGCGGAGUCACUGCGCAUGCAGCGGCCGUGGCACGCGCAGCUGCUGGGGCCCAUGUGCAGCGAGCACGACUACUACCUGGACCUGCUCUCCAUCCUGCACCACAACCAGGACGUGCGUGCCCUGCUCCACCGCCAACUCUCCCUUGUGCCCCUCCCUUGUGCCUCUCCCUUGUGCCUCUCCCUUGUGCCUCUCCCUUGUGCCUCUCCCUUGUGCCUCUCCCUUGUGCCCCUCCCUUGUGCCCCUCCCUUGUUGCGUCUGCGUUGUCCUGACUCGUAUCAUGCAAGGCUCGUCACGUCACUGCCGUUUCUAGUCCUGUUGUGCCCUGUGUUCCCGUACCAUCUGAGCGCGUACAUCUGUGGAGUGCUGCGCAUCUCGCCCUUCCGCUUCUACCGCGACAUGCUCGUUGACGCCAUGGCACAGGAGCGGUCGUAUGACAGUCUGCCCAACAUCACAGCAGCGGACAUAGUGAGGGUGCUGGGCGUGGGGCGCAACCAGUACCUGCACACCAUGCUCGCUGCUCGAUCCACG